CGGGAUCUGCACGGAGCCCUCCGGUCACCGGGCCUGCUGCGUGCGUGUCUCCCGUCCAGGUCACCCCGCCUCUCUCUCAACCUGCACGACGGGGCCAGGUCCGGCCUGCAGAGGGUGCCCGGCAUCUCCAACCCGCCCCCCCUCAUCUCCUCCACCAAGCACCCCGUCGUCCUGGAGAGGCCCGUGAGCUCGCAGGGAGUUCCAAUCCAGCUCCAUGCACCGUACUCUGAGCAUGCCAAGGCUCCCGUGGGCUCCAUCACCAUGGGGCUGCCCUUGACCAUGGACCCCAAAAAAACUGGUGCCUUUCCCUGGAGUGAAGCAGGAGCAGCUCUCUCCGAGGAGCCAGGCUGGCCAGCCUGAGACCCUGGGGAUGCCAGUGGCCCAGGAGACAUCAGUGCUCAGAGGAACAAGCCUGGGCUCCACUGCGGGAGGAAGUAUCACCAAAGGCAUCCCCGGCAGCCGGCCUCCCUCGGAAAGCCCCAUCACCUACCGAGGCUCCAUUACGCACGGCACCCCGGCCGACGUCCUUUACAAAGGAACCAUCACCAGGAUCAUCGGAGAAGACAGCCCCAGCCGCGUGGACAAAGGCCGGGAGGACGGCCUGCCCAAAGGGCACGUCAUCUAUGAAGGGAAGAAGGGGCACGUCCUUUCCUACGACGGCGGGAUGUCUGUGUCUCCAUGCUCAAAGGAGGAUGGAAGAAGCAGCUCCGGGGCGACCCAUGAGACAUCUGCCUCCAAGCGCACUUAUGACAUGAUGGAAGGACGAAUUGGCCGGGGGCUAUCAGGUCGUGACCUCUCCACGGGCAUCGAAGGUCUCAUGGGCCGAGCAAUUCCCCCUGACCGGCAUAGCCCCCACCACCUGAAGGAGCAGCACCAUAGCCGGGGCUCCAUCACACAAGGCAUACCUCGGUCCUAUGUGGAGGCCCAGGAGGACUAUCUGCGGCGGGAGGCCAAGCACCUGAAGAGGGAGAGCACUCCGCCCCGAGACCUGCCUGACCCAUACAAGGUGAGGCCCCUGGAGGGCCUGACCCCGAUGAAGAUGAAGGGCCACGAGGGCCUGGUGGCCACCGUCAAAGAGGCGGGCCGCUCCAUCCACGAGAUCCCCCGCGAGGAGCUCCGCCACACGCCCGAGCUGCCUGGGCCCCCGCGGCCCCUGAAGGAAGGCUCCAUCACCCAGGGCACUCCUCUGAAGUACGACGGCGGCAGCUCCUCGGGCGGCUCCAAAAAGCACGACGUGCGCUCCAUCAUCGGCAGCCCCGGCAGGACCUUCCACCCCGUGCACCCUCUGGACGUGAUUCAGGAUCCCCGGGCCCUGGACCGCUGCUACGAGGAGACGCUCAAGAGCCGGCCCAGCUCCGUCAGCAGCUCAGGGGGCUCCAUCACCCGAGGGGCGCCCGUGAUCGUGCCCGAUCUGGGCAAGCCCCGCCAGAGCCCCCUGGCUUACGAGGACCACGCGACGGCUUUUGGCAGCCAUCUGCCCCGGGGCUCCCCCGUGUCCACCCGGGAGUCCACCCCCCGGCAGCAGGACGGAAGCCUGUCGUCCAGCAAGGGGUCCCAGGAGAGGAAGAUCUCGGCCGCCUCUCGCGAGAUCGCCAGCUCCAAGUCCCCGCACACUGCGGUGCCCGACCACCACCCGCACCCCAUGUCUCCCUACGAGCACUUGCUGCGAGGUGUGAGCAGCGUGGACUUGUACAGAGGACACAUCCCACUGGCUUUCGACCCCACCUCCAUCCCCCGGGGGAUCCCCCUGGACGCAGCUACCGCCGCUUACUACCUGCCCCGGCACCUGGCCCCGAACCCCACCUACCCUCACCUGUACCCCCCGUACCUCAUCCGUGGCUACCCGGACACCACGGCCAUGGAGAACCGGCAGACCAUCAUCAACGACUACAUCACGUCCCAGCAGAUGCACCACAACGCCGCCGCCGCCACCGCCAUGGCGCAGAGAGCGGACAUCAUCCGCAGGGAGUCCUCCCUGGCCCUCAACUAUGCAGCCGGACCCCGGGGCAUCAUCGACCUGUCCCAAGUGCCGCACCUGCCAGUGCUGGUGCCCCCCACGCCGGGCACCUCGGCCACCUCCAUCGACCGCAUCACGUACAUCCCCAGCGCCCCCCAGCCCUUCAGCAGCAGGCCCAGCCCCUCCCCGCUCUCCCCAGGAGGCCCCACCCACAUCACCAAGCCGACGGGGACGUCUUCCUCCGAGAGGGAGCGAGACCGGGAACGAGAUCGAGAGCGUGACCGGGAGAAGUCCGUGCUCACGUCCACCACGACGGUGGAGCACGCCCCCAUCUGGAGGCCAGGUACGGAGCCGAGCAGCGGCAAUGGCGGCAGCGGCGGCGGCGGCGGCGGCGGGGGCAGCAGCCGGCCAUCCUCCCAUUCUCACAGCCAUCAGCAUUCGCCCAUUUCACCCCGGACCCAGGAGAACAUCCAGCAGAGACCCAGCGUGCUGCACAACACGGGCAUGAAGGGCAUCAUCUCUGUAGAGAGCCUCACCCCCUCUGUCCUACGGUCGUCCUCGUCGGCCACCUCGCCGGUACGCUCCGCCGGCUUCCCGCCUGCCCCGCACUGCUCGCUGGGCUCCAUGGACGGGGGCUACCCCACCAUCAUGGACCCCGCCGUCCUCCAGAAGGAGGCCUCCCGGGCCCCGCGGUCGGAGCGCCCCCGCCUAGAGAGCAACCCCUUCAUGCCCAAGCCGCCGGGCCGGGCCGGGCUCGAGCCGCCGCCGUCGCCCAGCAAAGCCGCCGAGCCCAGGGCCCUGGUGUCGUCCGGCCCGGGCUCGGGCUCUAGCUCGGGCCACGCGUCCGGCCGCGGCCUGGGGAAGGGCCACGCGGCCCACCCUCUGCUCGAGGCCCAGGCGCCACACCCGGCCUCGGCCGGCGAGCCGCACCGAGACAAAACUCCAGGCAAAGCGCCGUUCGGCGUGCAGGACCUGGACCUCCGCGCGCUGGGUUCCCUGAAGCUGUCCGAGACCCCCCACGUGCGGCAGCCCCCGGAGAGCCAGCAGUCCCCCGGGCAGCCGAUGGCGUCUUCCGUGGUCAAGGGGCACCAGCGGGUCGUCACUCUGGCCCAGCACAUCAGCGAGGUCAUCACCCAGGACUACACCCGCCACCACCCCCAGCAGCUCAACUCCCACCUCCCGGCCCCGCUCUACUCCUUUCCCGGGGCCAGUUGCCCUGUGCUGGACUUACGCCGGACGCCCAGCGAGGUCUACCUCCCCCAGCCGGACCAUGGUGCCGCCUCCCGCAUCUCCCCCCAGAGCGAAGGAGGCAAGAGGUCUCCGGAGCAGGGCAAAGCCUCUGCCCUGGGCGGCUCAGAAGACUGCAUCGAGCCAGUCUCCCCACCAGAGGGCAUGGGGGAGUCUGAGCACGGCCGAAGCGCCCCUUACCCGAUGCUGUACCGAGAGGGGGAGCAGGCAGAGCCCAGGAUGGGGUCCAAGUCUCCAGGGAACAACAGCCAGCCUCCCGCCUUCUUCAGCAAAUUGACGGAGAGCAACUCGGCCAUGGUGAAAUCCAAGAAGCAGGAGAUCAACAAGAAGCUGGGCACCAACAGCCGCAACGAGCCCGAGUACAAUAUUGGCCAGCCUGGAACGGAGAUAUUCAACAUGCCGGCCAUCACCGGAGCAGGCCUUAUGACUUGUAGAAGCCAGUCGGUUCAGGAGCACGCGAGCCCCAACAUGGGGUUGGAAGCAAUUAUUAGGCGGGCCCUAAUGGGUAAAUAUGAUGAUCAGUGGGAAGACCGGUCACCUCUCAGUGCCAAUGCUUUUAACCCUCUGAAUGCCAGUGCGAGCCUGCCCGCUGCUAUGCCCAUAACUGCUGCUGACGGACGGAAUGACCACCCGCUCAUCUCGCCAGGAGGUGGAGGGAAACCAAAGGUUUCUGGCCGGCCCAACAGAAGCAAGGCCAAGUCCCCAGCCCCGGGGCUGUCGUCGGGGGAGCGGCCAGCGUCCGUCUCCUCUGUGCACUCCGAAGGAGACUGUAACCGCAGGACCCCGCUCACCAACCGCGUGUGGGAGGACCGACCGUCGUCCGCAGGUUCCACGCCGUUCCCCUACAACCCGCUCAUCAUGAGGCUCCCGACGAACGUCAUCACCCCCUCGCCCCCCACAGCCAUUCCACAAGGCACCUCGAGCGGGCCGCACCACGCCUGGGACGAGGAGCCCAAGCCCCUGCUCUGCUCCCAGUACGAGACCCUCUCAGACAGCGAGUGAAGGAGGCGGCAGGAGGGGGACGGCCAGAGCCCACCGACGUGGACGCGGAGCGCCGAGCGGCCCGGCCCCUCGCCCCCCGCCCAGGGCUCCCCCUCCAGGCCCCCGAGGGUACGGGAGGAGCCCCGAAGUCCCGUGUCCUCUUCGGCCCAAAGCCUUAAACCCCCUUGCCGUGAGGGCAGGAGAGGCGCCGGCCCCCCCGCUCCAGCCCUGCGCCCGAAGGCCCGGGGAGAGGAGCUGCGUGUCCCCCUCUGCCUCCCUGCCGGGCUCCCAGCCUCUGAGGGGCCCCUGGACGGGACUGACUUUCUCAGGGGAACCCUACCACCUGGUGCUCCGCGUCUGGCUGGGGGCAGCGGGAAGGGCAAAGGCUCGCCGUCCCCGCCCGAAAGCCACGCGUGCUGCGGGGGGCAGGCCGGGAGGGAGGCGACGGGACAGACACCCGCGGGCUGCGCCGGCCGGGGGCCCAGUCCUCGAAGGGGGAUGACCGCUGGCUCCUCGUGCCUCCCCCUCCUCCCGCGGGCUCAGCCCGCACACCGGCUCCAUCUCCCUCGGCCCGAGACCAUCUCCUCCCUGUCUGGGAUGACACGCCGGGCUCAGAACCAAAGUUCAGUCCACGUCGGCUCCUGGGGCGCCCAGAGCCGCCGGCGCCGCUCCGGGGCCUCUGGGGCCCGCGUCCCCCUUCCCGCCCCCCGGACCCCGCGAGGAUCGCCUUCUCUAGGGAGCUCGGCCUCGGGACGCUCGUUGCCAAAAUGCAGGCCUGGGAAGAGUGUCGGGCCGUGCGGGGGCAGCCGGCAAGCGGGGGAAGACGGACACGCGUCCGUCCGCGCCGGCCCACCCCAGAGGAUGCCGGGAAAGUCGCCCAGCCGCCGCCGCUCGCAGAGUGGACUGAUUUUCGGACAUCGUUGCUGAAACGGUGGGAAGGAAAGGCAGUUGUAAAUGAUGUAUUGGUCUACAGGGUAUAUUUUUGAUACCUUCAGUGAAUUAUUUCAGAUGUUUUACGUGAGGAAUGACUAAACAGUAUUACAGGCUGCUUUCGGUCUCUGCUUUUACUGCAAAAAAAAAGAAAAAGAAAAAAAAGGCGUGUGCAGGCUUAACCCAUCGUCCCCUCGAGUGGUAUUUCCGUGGGCACGCCGCUCAUCCCUCGCCAUCACUCAGAAGGCGCUUACUCCCAGGCAGGGCACCCUUCGCAGUUACCAAUAUUGUUCAUCAUUAAAAAGGAAAGCAAACCCUGUGUCUAGUGACUUCCCAAGGGGCGGGGAGGCGGGAGGGAGGGGCUCCCCGAAACCCACAAGACGCGUGAACCGGCUCUUGUAUUUCCAUGUGUGAUGGCAUCUUUUUUUUACAUUUUUUCAUUCCAUAAUAUAUCAGACAUUGGAUCAUAUCCACCAGUUAA